AUGGCCCGUGGUCCCAAGAAGCAUCUGAAACGUGUAGCAGCUCCAAAGCAUUGGAUGCUGGACAAAUUGACUGGUGUGUUUGCUCCUCGUCCAUCCACUGGUCCCCAUAAACUGAGAGAGUGUCUUCCACUCAUCAUUUUCUUAAGAAACAGACUUAAAUAUGCUCUAACAGGAGAUGAAGUGAAGAAGAUCUGCAUGCAGAGGUACGUUAAGAUUGAUGGCAAGGUCCGCACUGAUGUAACCUACCCUACCGGGUUUAUGGAUGUCAUCAGUAUAGAUAAGACUGGAGAGAAUUUCCGUCUGAUUUAUGACACCAAGGGACGCUUUGCUGUUCAUCGUAUUCCAUCUGUGGAAGCCAAGUACAAGUUAUGCAAAGUGAGGAAGGUCUUUGUUAGUACCAAAGGAAUCCCUCAUUUGGUGACUCAUGAUGCUCGCACCAUUCGCUAUCCUGAUCCUUUCAUCAAAGUGAAUGACACCAUUCAGAUUGAUUUGGAGAGUGGCAAGAUAACUGAUUUCAUCAAGUUUGACACUGGUAACCUGUGCAUGGUAACUGGAGGUGCAAAUCUGGGAAGAAUUGGUGUAAUCACCAACAGAGAGAGACACCCUGGUUCUUUUGAUGUGGUGCAUGUGAAAGAUGCCAGUGGCAACAGCUUUGCCACCCGCCUCUCUAACAUUUUUGUUAUUGGCAAGGGUAAUAAGCCAUGGAUUUCUCUUCCCCAUGGUAAAGGUAUACGCCUCACUAUUGCUGAAGAAAGGGACAAAAGAUUAGCUGCCAAACAGAGCAGUGGUGAAAUGCUUUAA